CAUUGAACGCUUCAGAUCUCUUAAUCUACUUUACUGUUAACGAGGAGCGCAAUUCAAAUUUCAAAAUCUUUAAACAACCCGCUCUCCCUUCUUCACAUCGCCUCAACAACAUACAGAGAAAAACUAUAGAGAGAGAAACUCUAGAGAGAGAAUCAGUGAGAUUCACAGUAGUACUCGAUUCUCAAACAAGCAACAGAUUGAAAACCAGUAAUUUGUUGCAAAUCAUCGACGUUUAAUUAGACGAAGAAAUUUUCAAAAAAUGUCGAAUAAAGAAAAAGGUGUAAAUGUGCAAGUAAUUCUUCGUUGCAGGCCGUUUAGCGACGAGGAACUGCGGAAUAACGCUCCGCAAGUUGUUACCUGUAACGAUUAUCAGAGAGAAGUUGCGGUUUCUCAGAAUAUAGCUGGGAAACAUUUCGACAGAGUGUUUGUUUUCGAUAAGGUUUUUGGUCCAUCUUCACAGCAAAAAGAUCUUUAUGAUCAAGCAAUUAUUCCAAUUGUGAAUGAAGUUCUAGAAGGAUUUAAUUGUACCAUUUUCGCAUAUGGUCAAACUGGUACUGGUAAAACAUACACAAUGGAAGGUGAUUGUAAAAGAGCUAAGCAAAAUGGCCAGAGUGGAGAGCUACCUGUUGGAGCAGGAGUCAUACCUAGAGCUAUUAAACAGAUAUUUGAUACACUGGAGAGUCAGAAUGCUGAGUAUAGUGUAAAAGUCACUUUUUUGGAACUUUAUAAUGAAGAAAUUACUGAUUUACUGGCACCUGAAGAAAUCUCAAAGGUUGCUGUGGAAGACAGGCAGAAGAAGCAGUUGCCUCUCAUGGAGGAUGGUAAAGGAGGUGUCCUUGUUAGAGGGCUGGAAGAGGAGAUUGUCACUAGUGCUAGUGAGAUUUUUACCCUUCUUGAAAGAGGAUCUGCAAAGCGCCGCACUGCUGAAACUCUUUUGAACAAACAAUCAAGUCGAUCACAUUCUUUGUUUUCCAUAACCAUACACAUUAAAGAGUCAACCCCAGAAGGAGAAGAGCUCAUCAAAUGUGGAAAACUCAAUUUGGUAGAUUUAGCAGGAUCAGAGAACAUUUCUCGGUCUGGGGCUCGUGAGGGACGAGCCAGGGAAGCUGGAGAGAUCAACAAAAGUUUGCUCACGUUAGGAAGAGUUAUAAAUGCUCUUGUAGAGCAUCUGGGACACGUUCCCUAUAGGGAUAGCAAGCUCACACGGUUGUUGCGCGAUUCACUGGGAGGAAGAACAAAGACAUGCAUCAUUGCAACAGUCUCACCUGCUGUCCACUGUCUGGAAGAGACCCUGAGCACUCUAGAUUAUGCGCACAGGGCUAAGCAUAUCAAAAAUAAGCCAGAGGUAAACCAAAAAAUGAUGAAAUCAACUUUGAUAAAGGAUCUCUAUGGUGAAAUUGAGAGACUAAAAACAGAGGUUUAUGCGGCACGGGAGAAGAAUGGAGUGUACAUUCCAAAAGAUCGUUACUACCAGGAAGAAAGUGAAAGGAAGGCAAUGGCUGAUCAGAUUGAGCAGAUGGGUGUUACAAUUGAAAGCCAACAGAAGCAACAUGAAGAAUUGCAAGGCAGAUAUAAUUCUCAGGUUCAAGAAUGUUCUAAUUUGAGCAAAAAGCUUGAUUCAACGCAGAAAGACUUGAGUCUCACUAGAAAAUUGUUAUCUGGUACCGAGGAGGAACUAAAGAGAUGCAAAUACGCCCUAAAUGAAAAAGAUUUCAUAAUAUCAGAGCAAAGAAAAGCAGAGAAAGCUUUGACUGAUCAAGCGUGUCAGUUACGCUCAGACUUGGAGAAAGCCCUUCAAGAUAAUGCCUCACUUCAUUCCAAAAUUGAUCGAGAGGACAAGUUGAGUGCUGAUAACAAGUCUGUGGUGGUAAAUUACCAGGACGAGCUUGCAAAGCGGCUUGGUUCGCUUUGCAGCACAGUGGCUGCUUCAAUGUCUCAACAGAAUGAGAAUCUGCAAUGUAUUGAUAAGCUAUGCCACACAUUGCUUGAUAUCCAUAAUGAGGCUGUGUCUGAAUUGAAGAAGAAAGUGAUGGCUUCAAAAACUUUGUAUAUUUCCCAUGUUGAUGCCCUACAAAAUGUUGUUCGUUUGCACAAGGCGAACACCGAUGCUAGCUUGGAGGAGAUAUCUUCUCAAGCUUCUGCGAGCAGUCGAUCUGUUGAGGAGUUUCUAGAAGCUGAGGAUGUUACAGCAAUGUCUAUUUAUGAUGAUCUUCAAGCAACUCUAUCAAGCCACCAAGGGGAAAUGGCUCUUUUUGCCCGGGAACUGCGAGAGAGGUUUCAUGAUUGUAUUAAACACCUGAAAGAUACUUCAGAAUUUGUGAAUAUUUAUCUUCAAAAUAUGAUGGACGAGUCCAGUAAGCUUGGUAGUCACGCAUCUCAGAGUGAAGAGAUUCAAAUGAAGAGUAUCUCUGAAUUCCAGAAAGCAUUCAAGGAACAAUCAGAAUCUGAUGCUGAGAAGCUUCUUGCUGUUAUGACUGAUAUGAUAACCAGCCAGAUACGCCGUCAGCAGGAUAUGGUUGAUGCAAGACUAAUUGAUCUUAGAGUUUCGGCUGCUGCAAACAAAUCAUUCUUGAAUGAGCAUAUUUCCUCAGUGGUGGGUUUCACAACAGAUGCAAAACGAAAAUGGCAAGCAUUUUCGAUGCAGGCAGAGAGUAAUGCAAAUGAUAAUGCCGAUUUCUCAGCAGCUAAGCAUUGCAACAUGGAGUUGCUUUUACAGAAAUGUGUGAGUACUGCCGAGACAGCUUCCAAGCAUUUGAAGACAACUCAUGAAUCCUUAAACGUUAUGUGUAAUAAUCAAGCCUCAGCAAUGGUUUCAUUAGUGAGGAAUUUGUCGGAAAGCCAUGGUCAGCACGCUUCUGAAAUUGAUUCUGCAAGGGCUGCAGCUGAGCAAGAUACUGUAAAUUGCAGUGAAGAUAUUGUGCACGACCUUGAUAGAUUAUCGGAGAGACAACAGGGAGAAGUUUCUGGAAUCUUCUCUUCCGUCAAAACACAGGCAGAGAAUCUUCAAGUUUUUAGAGACGAUCACGCUGAUCAGGUGGUAUGCAUUGAAAAUGAGGCACAGGCCACUUUCCAACAAAGAUACAUGGAAUAUGAACCAACAGGAGCAACACCAGUAAGAAGUGAAACUGAUGUACCUACCAAGGGGGCAAUCGAAGCAUUGUGUACAGUGCCGAUGGAAACUCUUCUAGAGGAAUACCGAGUGAACCAUCCUUUCGACUCAGUCGAUGACAAGGCACUAAAACCGUCGCUCAUACCACGAUCUCCGUUAGUAGAACGUAACUGAAAAUUUUGGCAAAAUUGUAUGGUGCACGGUGCACAUUUCACCAGCAAAAUAUAUUAUAGCUUCUAUGUAUGCAGUUAUUGGUAUGUUUAAGAGUAUAGGGAAAUACACUUUUAUUUUCUAGUUCUUGUUUCAUGCGGGCUGUAAUGCAUUGGGUUGAAUAAAUUCCACCUUGGAAUUUAUCAAUUUAUAGCUUAAUUGCUGAA